AUGGUUGCCCUCUCAGCUUUGGCCCAUCUAAUCAACGCCACAAGCAUUUCCAUCGCGAAUGCCCCCCAACCUUCUUCUACAUCCAGCCAACCUACAGACAAUCCCGCUGCUACACUCCUUUCACGAAAUAUCAUACCAUCAGGCUGUUACGAAACAGUCGGAGUCGGCUGGGGUGAUUUUCGUGUUAACCGAACCAUCAAUAAAUGUUACCCCUACUUGGAACCUACCUGUGAGAGAAUCGCCAAAGCUACGCUAUCAAAGUGGAUGGAUUUCUGUGCUCAAUGGGACUCGACAGGCAAUAACGUGGUGAAGACCUGUCAGUGGAAAAAGAACAAACCAUACAGCCUUUACAAGGACGCCCCGAAGGAUGACGAUCGUCGAAACAUGCCCUAUCGCGUGCCAGGACCUCUGAGGUGUUGCCCACCGCCGUACGAAGGGGUAGACGUGUCGGAAUACGACAUGUCAAAUAGUCUGUGUAGGAUGUGGAGGGUCGAAAAUGACGGGGAGUACCGUUAUUACUCCCAAAAUUUCCCCUUGUAUGGGAUCUUCGACGAAGAAUACAACUACGAAAACAUGAACAUAUGGUCCUACGACCCUGAGACGCACACUUCCGAUAACAUCUCCCUCUUGGAUGAAAAAGCGAAAGAAGAUCUCAAGACGGAUUACUCCCCCUUGACCUUAAAAGAACUCAUCGAGGAGGAGAAGGAGGAAGAGGAGAAGAAAAAGAAGCCUCAACAUCUCUCGCCGUUCUACUGA